GCCGCUUGAACAGAUGGGAUCGGCGGGAGUACGCAAGCCAAAGCCUACAAAGCGCGAUACGGGAACUGUCGUAUGACUGCCUUUAAGUAAAUGAGAAUGUCAGCUGAGACUUGCUUUUGCCGGCACGUUGACCCUGUGUGGAUCCUCUUCGCCAUAACCCGAAUCAUAGUCGUUGUGGUAAUCCCGCAGCCAGGUUAUAUACACCCUGAUGAGUUCUUCCAAAACACCGAAAUCGUUGCAGGUGACCUGUUUGGGCUCAAAAUUCAUCGUACAUGGGAGUUCACCAGUCCGUCCCCUAUACGCAGUAUGAGCAUCAUCUGGAUGACCACACUUAUACCGCUGUCGAUUCUAAAGUGGAUAUGGUCAUGUGUAGCCCCAGCUGGCACACUGCCGUCACCUGGCCUGUUUCUGAUGGUCCCACGGAUAUUUGCUUGUGCUGUGUCAUUUAUCUGCGACUAUGCCGUUUACCAUCUGGCAGCACCGCCUGCGAAACGGAAAAGACGCAUCAAGGCUCUUGUGUUCUUUUCCAGCUCCUAUAUUACAAUUGUGUUCUACACAAGGACAUUCAGCAAUUCUAUUGAAUCGUGUCUGCUAGCGCUGCUGUUGCUCUGUGUCAAAAAUGUCAUGCACAACGACCAAUUGAAGCUUAAAGACGCCCGGGUAAAAGUAUCGCGAAAGUACUAUUUGAUAGCAUUUUUGCUGUGCAUUGGGACAUUCAACCGGCCCACUUUCAUUUGCUUUGCCCUGCCAGCCAUCAUCUUCUGGUUGUGCAGCGGAGUCGACCGCAAUGUUAAAACCAAGAAGCAUCGCACACGUGCCCAAAUAGCUCAGCGACUUGCAAAACGUGUGGCAAAGCUUGGCAUGUGUUUCUUACUGUGGGCUCAAUAUCCCAUCAUCUUAGAUACUUUCUACUUUCACCCCGAAACUUUCUCCCGCGACGGCCCCCUGCGUCUCAUUGUGACACCGCUAAACUUCAUUCUUUACAAUCUCGACACAGCCAAUUUAGAGUUGCAUGGUAGGCAUCCCAACUUCCUGCACCUCCUUGUCAACGUCCCCCUUCUGUUUAAUGUCCUUGCAAUCCCAGCUCUCUGGGCCUCCUGCAAGGUUCUAUACGACAGGUUGUCUGGUGCUUCAAGAGUAGAGUGCCCUGAAACCCUCACGGUCUCCAAGACAUUCGACACAGUUGCUGCCUGCACUCUGCUGCUGCCAUUAUGCGCCUUGUCACUUUUCAAGCACCAGGAACCACGCUUCCUAGUGCCGCUGUUGAUCCCAGUGGUUCUCAUGGCUCAGCGACACUCCUCAACAAAACUGAUGGAGACCUGGUGGGGUUUACUGAAUGGUGUCGGCAUUAUUUUCUUUGGCUAUAUGCACCAGGGUGGCUUGAUUCCAUGCAUGUUGGAUGUCCAUAGCCAUCUCGCACAGUACAAGCUGGACAACAUGAAUGCUACUGUCAUGUUCGCCCACACAUACAUGCCACCUCGCCAUCUGCUGACCGUGAAGGAAGACAGUGUUGCAGUGGACAUCGUCGACAUGAUGGGCACCAACUUGAAAGGGCAUGACCUGCUGCGUUAUUUCAUUGAAAAGCGGGCUCACUUGAACUAUCUCAUUGCCCCACGUUCAUUCGUAGACUCUGAGAUGGAAUCGUGGAAAGAUAACUUGUUCAUACUGUCUUCUACGAAUUUGCACUUCAACAGUGAACACCUCCCACAGUUUAGCUAUGCAGAUUAUCUUCAUGGAAGGGUGGCACUCUCAGAUUUUCGCAAGGCCUCCACACUGAAUGUGUACUUGUUGCAACUGCCCAAGAGGUGAUGGCAAUGUGCGUUUGACCAUGUGGUUGCUUGCGCUUCACUGCACAUUGCAGAGUAGUGGAUUUUGAGUCUGUAGUGUGCUUGUUUCGUCAUGUGGCUGUCGGCAAAGUGCACAUGCACGAAAGAAGUUGGAUAUUUGUGUGUGGGCACAAUAAUUGCGUGGAUAUAGAAACUGUGUUUUCUUCUUUUAUAUACAGGGCUAGCAUAAAUGAUUCAGUCGUUUUGAAAAGGCUAUAUUUUCAAAAGUACUAUACGUACACGCAUUAAAGAUGUAUGAAAAGAAUCACAAUCUCACCAAUUUUGUAUUGUGUAUUGUUUAUGUACCCCCACUACCGCAAUCCUUAGUCGAGCUCAAAGAACGCAUCAGUGCUGCAGUGCAGACAAUUGACAGGACUGUGCUACAAAAUGCAUGGAAUGAGCUCGAUUAUCGUCUGGACCUGUGUCGUGUCACCAAAGGGGCACAUAUUGAACAUUUGUAGAGGGUGUAUAAACUUGGCGAGUUUGUAGUUCUUUUCAUAUAUCUUUCAUGUGUGUGCGCGUAAUACGUUUGAAAAUAAAGCUUUUUCAAAAUGAAUUAUUAUGCUAGCCCGGUAUAUAUAAGGCUGGAGCACUGUCAUGUGCUCAGUAUAGCAUCAUUUUCACUGAUUAACUGUUAAUAUAUAGACACGGCAGCCAUCGUCCUGUCUGGUGGGGCUAUGCCCCCCUAUACGUUAUCAAUUGUAGUGUCACAGUCUCACAUUUCCAGAUCCCCCACUUCACUUUUAGACUCUAUCAGUUCUGUUUCGGUGUUAUACAUCCUGAGAAAGGCUGAUCUUGCCAAAGUGGAUGUCAUUGGCCUUUCAUGGACAGUCACAUUGCAUAACAUAAACCUGUUCCUGUAGUAUGCAUUAAUAUGGCUGCGUGAUGCAAAGCUUUGUCAAUGAAGCUCUCCAUGGACUCGUGUUUUUGGUUUGGCAAUUUUGAAUUUACAAACACUUUCCCUUUAUUGUGAGGGACCACAUUGGAUAACCUACUGCUGUGCCCCAAAGUAGAUUUCAGUGGUGUUUUGGUUUGUGUCAUUUAAAGACAGACUGGAACACCACAUUGAGUUUUACGUUUCAUGCACUUUAUGUUGAAGCAAACGAAGAAAAUAUAAAUGGGAAGGUACCAAGUGGAACACCUCUUACAAGUAACUCGGGAGCCAACCUUGUGCCUCUGCAUAUCCAACAGCCGAAAAUUGUGUAGGCCCCAAACUAAGCACACAAGCCAUAAUUUAUGCCAAUUUUGCAUGAAGCGGCAAAAGCAGAAAUGAGAGCACAUUCUAGUUAGCCCCAACUUAUAUGCAUUUAAUUUGUCGACACUCCUGAUUAGUGACUGGUAUCCCAUUGCGCCGACUAGCUUCAAGCUAAGCAUCCCAAAAAUGUGGUGUUGUAUUGCAGGAAAUGCCUCCAUUACUUUAUUUUUGUUUCAAGCAGUGCCAAUAUGUUUUGUUACGGGCCUUCACAUUCACAGUGCACCCACAUAGCUCUAGCCUAUUUACAUCAACACCGUCACCUUUGUCUUGCCUGAACAUACCAUGAUCAUAUAUUUUCUUGCCCUUUCUUUCUUUAUUUUCUCGCUCUCCUCCUCCUGGGGCUUUCUUUCUCCCUGAUCCCCUUCCCUAUGCAGAGUAGCACGUCCUACAUAUACGAAGGCAGAAUUCUAUGCACUUUAUUAAAACGCUUUCUCUCUCGCAGGGCUGAACUAAGAUGUUGAAAGAAAAUGCGCGUGUAAGGACAGCGUAAAGUACAUGAAGUUGCAAGGACACCAAAUAAGAAACAUUCCAUCUCUUGAACAAAAAAGUGAACCUGCAGUGUCUUGUCUCUAGGUUUCUUCCUGUCCUGACGAACCACCUAGCCGGUGAUUUUCGGGUUUCCCAUCGAAAGCUUUCAUUCCCAAUUUAUCGAGAAACCUGUAUGUGCUUCCUUUAUAGCUUUAUGCGACUCUCAGCUGGAUGACGGUCUUCUUUUUCAUGAACCGUCCUCCACAUGCGGGUUUCGGCAUAAAUGACUUAACAUGUUCAGUGUCCUCAGCUUGAGUUGUUGAGUGAUUCACAUUUGUUAUGCCAUCUGCUAUCCUUCUGGUUAGACCAGACACUAGAGCAACCGCACCUUAAAGAAAUUGUGUUUCUGCUGCUUUGCGAUGUAAUUAAAAAAAGUCAUCAGCAUUCGAAAUCCAAAGUAAAAAGUAAUUUUUUGGGUAAGAAUCGUUAGUAAAGGAAACACUGAAGGGGCUGAAAACAUAAGAAAGGACAUUGAACAUGAUUAGACGUAAAUUAACUACAGGUCAUGGUUUUUUUUUUUUCUUUCGCUCUUCAAGAUCUCUGCUUGCAGAGUGUUUAUGUACAAGUGUGAUUUUAGGCUGCAAAUCGUGUAGGGACAUGAGCCAUUUGAACUUUGUCCUUUGAAGCUUAAGGAGCAUAAGUGUGAUCUUUUUUGUGUUUGCAUUGCGUUGUACAUGCAUGUUCUUGUUAUGACCCAAAUUGUUCUUGUGACACGUGUAUGCAUUGCAGCUCCUGCUGCUUUUUUUGUCACAUUUCACUGAUCUCACUUUUUCAUGUGUGUGUUCACAGCAGUGAGAGCGCCAUCCUAUCAUUUCUCACAGUUCGCACUGCCUUCAGUUUGUGAAUGGAGAGUUUCACAUUAUAGUUUGUCAGCUUGCACACGCACAACCAAUAUUUAUAGUUAAAUAUAUUUACUCAAAUUUGACCGAGUUCUGUGUAUUCACAAAGUUAUGCAAGGCUGCCGUGCGCUUUUGGAAGCUGCAUGUGCAACGUAUACGCACAGCUAACCCUGUAAUGCGCAAUGUGUCAUAAGUGCUACGCUUGAGUUUGAUGCCUCAAAAUGCUGAUUCAGGCGUCGGAAACUUGACGUAGAGUCCAUAGUUGCUUUCUCGAUAUGCUGGAGUAAAUUUUCAGCUGAAGUUUUAGUUCAACACA